CAGCCGUUGGCGUUGGGGUGUGGGAGCCAGGCAGCCAGCCAGCCGUGCCGUGCCGUGCCGCUCGCCGGAGCUAUAAAACGCGGCCAAGGGGCAGCGCCUCUCCUCGCCUACACCCAACCAUCACCAACCUACCUCUCCUCCACCAAGAGAGAUCCAAUCCGGCCAAGAUGUCGUGGUUCGGGCACCACCACCACAACCAGCCGGCUCCUCCGGCGUCGGGCCCCAACCAGGUGUUCAAGAUCUUCUGCCGCGCCGCCAACGACAACUACUGCCUCGCCGUCCGCGACGGCGCCGUGGUGCUCGCCCCGGCCAACCCCAAGGACAUCCACCAGCACUGGUACAAGGACAUGAGGCACAGCACCAGGGUCAAGGACGAGGAGGGCAUGCCGGCCUUCGCGCUCGUCAACAAGGCCACCGGACUCGCCAUCAAGCACUCGCUCGGCCAGUCGCAUCCCGUGAAGCUUGUGCCCUUCAACCCCGACGAGGAGGACGCGUCGGUGCUGUGGACGGAGAGCAAGGACGUCGGCAAGGGCUUCCGCUGCAUCCGCAUGGUCAACAACACCCGCCUCGGCUUCGACGCCUUCCACGGCGACAAGGACCACGGCGGCGUCCACGACGGCACCGCCGUCGUGCUCUGGGAGUGGUGCAAGGGCGAGAACCAGAGCUGGAAGAUCCUGCCCUGGGGCCCCGAGGCGGACUCCCCCGCGGCGGGGCCCGGCAACGCCUCCGUGGCCGGCGUCCCCGUGCACACCGUGCGCGUCUUCUGCAAGGCCGGCGAGGACUACAGCCUGACGGCGCGCAACGGCACCGCGUGCCUUGCGCCCACCAACCCCAGGGACGAGUACCAGCACUGGAUCAAGGACAUGAGGCACAGCAACAGAGUGCGGGACGAGGAGGGCUACCCGGCCUUCGCGCUCGUCAACAAGGUCACCGGCGAGGCCAUCAAGCACUCCACCGGCCAGGGCCACCCGGUCAAGCUCGUGCCCUACAACCCAGACUACCAGGACGAGUCCGUGCUCUGGACCGAGAGCCGCGACGUCGGCAACGGCUUCCGCUGCGUGCGCAUGGUCAACAACAUCUACCUCAACUUCGACGCCUUCCACGGAGACAAGGCCCACGGCGGCGUCCACGACGGCACCGAGAUCGUGCUCUGGAAGUGGUGCGAGGGCGACAACCAGCGCUGGAAGAUCCUCCCCUGGUGCAGAGGGCAGCUGACAGCAAACCAUGGUAGCAGCAUUUGCAGCAUCGAGAAGCACCAGCAGCAUACUAGCAGCAGCAGCAGCAUGGACGUGUACUCCUACGGUCGUGAUGAGCAGCGGUACGGCGGCCUGGCCACGCCCGGGUACGCGCCGCCGGUCCCGUACGGCAUGUCGCAGGUGAACAUCGAGGGGCACGGGUGCGGGCGUCCGCUGCCGCCGCAGCCGACGGUGAAGGUGUACUGCCGCGCCAACCCCAACUACGCCAUGACGGUCCGCAACGGCAGGGUGGUGCUGGCGCCGGCGAACCCCAAGGACGACUACCAGCACUGGAUCAAGGACAUGCGGUGGAGCACGAGCGUCAAGGACGAGGAGGGGUACCCGGCCUUCGCGCUGGUGAACAAGGCCACCGGGGAGGCCAUCAAGCACUCGCUGGGGCAGUCCCACCCGGUGCGCCUGGUGCCCUACAACCCCGACUUCCUGGACGAGUCGGUGCUCUGGACGGAGAGCCGCGACGUCGGCAGCGGCUUCCGCUGCGUCCGCAUGGUCAACAACAUCUACCUCAACUUGGACGCCCUCCACGGCGACAAGUGGCACGGCGGCGUCCGCGACGGCACCGAGAUCGUGCUCUGGAAGUGGUGCGAGGGAGACAACCAGCGUUGGAAGAUCCAGCCAUACUACUGAUCGAUCGAUGGAUCCAUCAUCGGCGACAACUUAUAUAUGCAUACAUCCUCACGUACUGCUGGAUCCAAUUAAAAUGAAUAAAUUCAGCCUUGAUGUCCUGCUGCCUGCUGCUUAAUUAAUUACUGUCAUGUAUAUGUUGCAGCUCUAUCUAUGUGUACAAUAUAAUAAGUUGCAAUAUACUCCUUACGUACAAUAAAACACUAGUAUGUAUGUAUAUAUUGGGAGGUGUAUUUGGGCGCGAAAUACAUAUAAAAACAUUAUUCUGAUUA